AUGUCGAACGCGUCUGUAACACCGCCGAUGCGCGUAUUCGGAUGGAAUACACAUUUUUUAGCCACGUCCGCUGGCGUUCGAUUUGCUGGCCUGUUCCGACUCGAUGGUUUCGAUAUCACAUACCGCGAUGUCUUGACCGAAAUGCGUUUGUGCUUCGAUAUACCAACCAGUAUAUCCCAAGAUUAUGAACAAAAUCACGGCCAGGAUGAAAAUGUAGGUCCUUGGGAUAGCCUUGCCUUUGCAUUUACCGACUACGUGAAUCUACCUCCAGGCGAGGCGUCUGCUCCUCCUACCACUAUUGUAACUUGCGAUCUUGAUCAGCUGGUGCCUCCUCCUCCACCUGCAUUGCCAACGAACAUAGAAGAGCCACCCAUUAUACGCUUUCGCCUCGUUCGACACCGCUCCUGUGGCCUACCGAGCACUGCUCCGUUGGCAUUACAUCUCGAAGGCGGCUGCGCGCAGCACAUUCCGCUCCCUACGCGCCGCAGGGAUCCUCGAUAUCUCCCUCCCAAAGUGUCCUCGACCGAUCCUCGAAUUUCUUGUCUGCCACUUCGAAAGAGGGCGACAGGAAUCAGAAGCUCACGAUCACCCUCUAAGCGCUCCGCAUCCGGCUCUGUGUCCCCUGAUAAGAACUCUGAGUCAGGCCAGCUGCCCAUGCAUGAAGAGGAAUCUUUAGCCAACAUGGUGGCGCCGCCCGAUAUAAAUAUUGCACCCGACUUCGGCCGUCAGACUAUCGCGAAUUUUCGCUCGUCGCUUCUAACGUUUGCUCGACGGUGCGCUGUGUCAGGGAAGGGUCGGACUUGGUGUUAUAACCCUGUCAUCGGCCCUGCCGUACAGGCAUGCCACAUCGUUCCCCAACAGCACUAUCAUCUAUAUCCUGAUCCUCUUCUUGAUCCUGAGAGCAAUGAUGGCCUCGAGCUUAGUCCACAGCGUCUGCUUAAGUCGUGGGAAUCCACCUGGGCUUUCAGCAAUGGUAUCCUUUUACUGAGCCACUUCCAUGAACUCUUCGACUCUAGGCUAUUCUCUAUCCACCCAGAUACGCUGCAGAUCCGGGCUUUUGUGCCCUACGAUGUCAUUUGCGAUUACCAUGGACGGAAAGCCGCCUUGGGAGCCUAUGUCGAUCGCAAUGCCUUGCGGCAUCAUUACGAGAUGUGCUGUAUCGAGAAUAUGGCUGCCGAGAUGCCGCUGAGGGACCAACUUUUCGCUCUCGAAACUGAGCCGACCACACCCAGCACGGCAUCGCUUAUCAAUGCCAGGAUGACAUUUCCUUUCGUACCGACUUCGAUAGGUAUGCAUGAACAGCUACACUCCGGAGAUAAUCGUCAGUCGACACAGCGCUCUUCUGGCGACCCAUCCAAAAGGGCGCGACCUGCAGAGGAUAGCUUGACUCCCGAUAUACAUGAAGAAGAUGGAGCCUCGGGUUUUAUUGCACCAGAUGGAGCAACUUAUCAGAAAAAGCACAAGCGAAGACGGCUAUCACAGCACGCGCUGGAAGAAGCGCUUGGGGUUCUUGGUGGAGAUGUAACCCCCCCACGAGCCUACGAUAGCUAUGUAAUGCCUCUUACCUCGGAGUCCUUCCUAGCGGAUGUGAACUGGAAAUUAUCGAAAUUCACCUCUACCUAA